UAAAACCUACAACUUGAGAAAUCAGAAAACUCGGCAAUAUCAGAAACAAUGAGAAUCUCUCAGGGACCUCUCACUCUCGCUAUGUUGGCUGGCAGCGUUCUUGCCGCUCCAGCCCAAAGCAUUAACUCUGAGAUCGCUCACGACGAUGUAUCCAUCCCUCCUAUUGGGACUAGUCCUUGGUUCCUUCACUGGCGCCGCGACGAGAGCAGUGUUGACCAGACCGACGAUGUAUCCGCCCCUCCCGGUAUUGGUCUCUGGUUCCUUCCCUGGCGCCGUAAUGAGGGGGGAACCGAACAGACUGAAGACAUGUCUGCCUAAUGGUAUUGCCAAUGACAGAUGGUUCAAUUGGCGCCGCUAUGGGGACGGCAGCUUCCAGAGUGUGGUUUGGAAGAACUUCGAUUAUCAAAAAUGGCCUGGUUUCAACAACCAGACUGAAGAUAGCUCCUCUGACGGUUUCUGGCGAGGAUCAUCAUGGCUUGAUAAAUUUGGAAUGUAUUAUGUUGUAGCUGGCCUUCUUAGCGCGUCGUGACGGACUAAGA